AACAUACUUAUGAAUCUUUGAAUUUGUCUUAUGAAAUUAAUUUAUAAUACUAUAUUUAAUUACGACGACUUAUAAAUCACUUUAAAUGGAAACACGAAACAGAGAGAUAAAGGAGAAACAUAUUAACGACGUUCAAACGUCGACGGUAGAUGAACAUUACGAAUUAUUGUUGAAAGAAAAAAAUUUAAUCGAUCCAAAACUCAUCAACGUAACACCUGCUGAUUUACCACAUUGGUAUAAUGAAAAAUUAUUCAAAGAAGCUCAAAACUACUAUAAGCGAAAUGUAUUGGCGCUUGUAAUGUCUAGCUUUUUGGGACUUUUCGCAAUAAUAUCAAUCCCAGAUAUUUUAAGGGUUCUUGCAUACACUAAAAAAAGUAAUAUAUCUUACAUCGUUUCCAAUAGAUACGUCCAAACUCUAUUCCGCAUACACAACUUGUAUAUAUGUGAUCCAAAUUUCGAUUCCAAUUGGUGUAAGGUCAUAAAUAUGAUACGUGGGCAACAUACAGUAAACAAUAAAAAAUCAUUAAAAGCCAAUAUUGGAGGAAUUUAUCAAAGAGAUAUGGCACUUACACAAUUUGUUUUUGUGGGAUAUGUUCUUACGACACCUAAAUCUAUUGGAUUACGCAAUACACUCGAAGAAGAAGAAGCGUUUAUUCAUCUCUGGCGUGUAGUAGGCUACAUGCUAGGAAUUCCCGAUAGAUUAAACAUAUGUCGUAAAACCGUAGAGGAAACUCGCAAAUUAUGUCAAAAGAUAAGCAACGGUAUUUUGGCAAAUUAUUUGAAUGAAGCUCCACCUGAUUUCUAUUCCAUGAUAUCAAGUAUUUUACAGGAAAUAUGGUACAUUGAUUUAACUUUGGACAAAGAUGCUCUUUUAACAUUUAUUUAUCGGUUACAUGGUAUUAAAUAUAAUGUCCCCCUUAAAUGGUACAGUUGGCUAAGCAUGAAAAAACGUGAUUUAAUAUUUUACUUAUAUCUUGUACCCUAUGUCGGAACCAUAAUGAGGAUGUAUCAAAACUAUAUGUUUAUGUUGACACUCUGGAUCCUGCAAGGAUGGUCCAAAUUUGCGGAUAUCAUUUGGAAAAGAAAAUUGACAAAUUAGGCUAUAUCCUAAGUAUAACUAUCUGUAGUUUCAAUUUUAUCAGAGAUACAGUUUUAAAAAUAUAAAUAUUAUACAUAUAAGUAUAUACAUAUAAGUAUAAACAUUUUAUAUAAACAUUAAUCAAUAUCAAAUUACAUAAAUAUUAUAUCGAGUAAAACGCACAAUAGAAAAAUAUGCAAGGUAGAAAUAAAUAAUCCGAUAUACAAUGUCCGUUAUAUCGGAUUCGUAAUAUCAAAUAAACA